CAUGUACACGAUUAUUUUCUACACUUUCGAAAGCGUGUUGUUUAUAGUAUUUUCGUAUAUUAAUCAUUCUAUGACGUUUAUAUGGAAUUUAAAAAUAAAACAUGAUUUUCAAACAGUUGCUGUUAAUAGUUUUGUUAAUUUUAAUAAUAAGAAACGAUAUACAAUAUUAUGCAGAAAAUCAAACUGAAAUUGGUAAUAUAGCAGAAUUAUACAACUUUCCCGAGGUAGUGAUGAAGGCAGUAGUUAAAAAUAUCAGCAAAAGUAAUCAAACAAAGCUUAAAGAAACGAAACCAUAUGAAAUUGGAAAUAUAGCAGAUUUGUAUUUAUUUGCUUCGCCAAAUGUUUCCAAAGUCUAUGACGAUCAUACUGGAAGCGGAAAUAAAACAAAUGAGAAAUCCACAAAUAUAAGCCAAAAUAUUCAAAGACAGUUAAAGGAUUUCAAUCAGACUAAUAUUGAAAAUUUAGCAAAUUUAUAUUUCUUUUCAUCAACAAAUAGUUCUCAUAAGCAUGGUAAUAAAACUGAAACACACCAAGACAACAAAAAUACAAUUAUAACUUCGUCUUUAGCAAAUAAUUCCAAUUUAUACAACAAUCACAGAAAUUCUCACUUAAAUAAUGAAUCGACAAUCGCUAGCAUGGCAGAAUUAUAUUACUUUUCUUCGCCCACAGUUAUGGGAAUAUAUAAUUGCUCCUACGACAAUACGAUUAUCAUCAACCAAAACUCAGCCCUGGCCAAUGGUUCCUAUAUCUACAAGAAUCGUACUCUUAUACCGCCCCAACUAGUGGGCAAUUAUGAUUAUGAAAUUCUAUAUAAUGGCAGCAAACGUUCACUGCCAACACAUACACGUGCUUGUAUUUGCCACCUGAAACGCUGCAUCACCUUAUGUUCCAAUAGCAUCACGCAAUUCUAUCAGGAUGUCAUAAAUGAUGAAGGAAAUGAUGAUGAUUUCUUGUCAUUGUUUUCUAUUAAAAUGACACUGGCUAACAAAACUGUUGUUACGCAAAAUAUUGCCGUAGACUUCGAACACAUUAUUUUGGAUGAGUUUUGUAUACCGUUUUACACACUCUCCCCAGAAAAGGAUAAAAAGUUGGGCUGGACUUUUUUUGAGAAUGGCACUUUAUUGCGUCACAGUGACCGGGUUAUAUUGAAAAAGAACGAAUAUUGUUUUGAACUGUAUCAAGAUUACUUUUUCAAUGAGACCUAUUAUUUAAUCAAUCCCUUAAACUGUGCUAAAAAGAGAGAGGAAUUGAAGCCGAUAGAGAAAUUAAAUUAUUGGACCCAAGUAUUUUCGAUACCGUUUUUCUUAAUAACCAUCGUAGCCUACUGUUGUCUAUCCGAACUUCGUAAUGUCCACGGUAAAUGUUUCAUGUCCUAUUUGAUCAGUGUAACAUUGUCAUAUGGUCUUUUAAGUUACAUAAAUCUCUCACAAACUAAAUUUCAUCCAGUUCCCUGUUUACUAAUGGGUUAUUUAAAUCAUUAUAUGCAAUUGUCUUAUUACACUUGGUUGGGUAUUGUUUGCUAUGAUACAUGGAGAUCAUUUAGUGAUAGCAGCUAUAAGUCUGCAUAUUGUACCUAUGCCCUGUACGGCUAUCAAUUGCCAUUUCUGAUGACACUGUUGGCAUUUGUUAUGCAGAAUUCGGGAAUAGAUGACGACUGGAAACCGGGUAUCACUGAAUACAAAUGUGGCUUAGAGGUUAACAAAUGGGCUGCUUCUGUUUAUCUGUUUGGGCCCUGCUUGAUUAUUUUGAUUUUUUGUUUGAUUUCAUUUAUUUCCACCUCGAGAAUAAUCAAAUCAAAUGAUAGAGACGUGUUUAAAAUCAAAACAACUGAAUUGAAAUAUGAAAGUCCCAUCGCUCGUUAUUUUCUGUACUUACGUUUAUUUCUUAUCAUGGGCUUAUCCUGGUUUUUAGAUGUUCUAUCUUAUUUAUUUAACAUGUUCGGUAUGAGAUCUACAUCCGAUAUAAUUGACAAUAUUAAUGCGCUACAGGGUUUAUAUAUAUUUGUAAACUUUAUUGGACGAAAAAGAGUUCGGCAUAUAAUAACGGAAAGGAUCAGCAAAUGGAGAAAGUCGUAAUGUUUUCGUAAACAUAUAUUGAAAGGAACGAUUUUUUUUUCUGAUGUAGUUUUAAGUUAAACUUACAAUGACAAAAUAUCAAUUUGACUUGAAAAUAUAUUUUGUAAAGUAAUAG